AAAUCCUAGUUUAGAUUUUAAGCAAUUGUGAUUCCUUUUUUUAUUUAUAUUUUUUUUCUAACGCUACUUUUGUGUUUUAAUUUUUUUGUGUUCGUCGCACACUGGUCUGCGAACAUGGACAAAAUUAUUUCGAAUUUAAUAUUGAUAUUAAUGUGCGGAGGCCUCGUGAUGUCUUACGACGAAAUAGACGUGGAAGCUGAUACAAAUAUCAUGCUCAAAAUAUUGAGGGACAUGGCGAAUCAAACAAAAGCUGACACUUUGAAUUUGCCAGCGAACGCCACCUCUAUCCGAGAGAACAUCACCGAUACCUUUAGUUGCGAGAACCGUACGUAUGGUUAUUAUGCUGACAUUGACAAUGACUGUCAAGUGUUCCACGUGUGUCUACCGACUCAGACCCCGUCUGGACGAGCCGUCACGUACAGAUACAGUUUUAUUUGUCCUUCCGAAACUGUGUUCAAUCAGGAAGUUCUAACUUGCACCAGACCCAGAGACGCGAUCGAAUGCGAGGAUUCUGUGUUAUAUUACGAUCUAAACGAGGAAAUAGGGAAGGUGCCGAACAAAACUGAAGAGCAGCCGCCUGUCAACGCCCAACAACCAACGAAAACCAGCAGUCAACAGAAGGAAACCGAAACCUUACCUGCUACCAACCAGAGGAGGACACCGAACAAACGGAAACAGAGCCUGAUCAUUGAAAGCCUCAUGAAAGAGGUCGUCAACGAUGACUUGAGACAGAAGCUAAUUGAAUUCGCUGAGCAGCACACUGAUGAUAUACCAGAUAGUCCAGAAAUACCUGAGGAACUCGGGCUUGAGGAAGGAGCAGCUGUUUCUGAUGAAGAAGCCGAGGGGCGGAUAGCUUUGGAGCGACGAGUGGGCAGGAAACUGGACCGAGGCAGUUUCAGGUUUAGAGCUGACGCUUGAGUCGAUUGGUGGACAUAAUGCUGAUGGAUUAUCAAAGGACAACUCUCCAAAUACCACUCGGCUGUGGCCAAUUAAUGGGUUAUAUGU